GUGAACAGCGUGACCGUUGGUGGAUUUUUGUUUGAUGCGCCUUAUUCGAUUUUGCUGAGGCGAGAAGAGUGGCAGCAUGUCGCGGCUCAUUGUGAAGAACCUACCCAAUGGGAUGAAAGAAGAUCGUUUCCGGAAUCUCUUUGGGGCUUUUGGAACACUGACGGAUUGCAGCUUGAAAUUUACAAAGGAUGGCAAGUUCCGCAAAUUUGGUUUUAUUGGGUUCAGAUCUGAAGACGAGGCCAAAGCAGCGCUGAGCCAUUUCCAUAAAAGCUUCAUAGACACUGCCAGAGUCACGGUUGAAUUCUGUAAAUCUUUUGGGGAUCCCCUGAAACCCAGAGCUUGGAGCAAACACUCCCCAAAAUCUCCAGGGUUAAAAGAAACUCCCAAGAAUCUCACAAAGACUUCAGGUCAUGCAGAAGCAAAUAAGGGGAAGAAGAAGAAGACAACAGAGCAGCUAGAAGAGCUGGAAAGCGAAGAAGAAUUUAGAGAUUUCCUUGCUGUUCAUCAGAAACGGUCCCAAGUGGCCACUUGGUCCAAUGAUACAAAGGAGGAGGAGCUCAAGAAAAGUAAAGUGAAACCAACAGAUGACUAUUUGAACUUUGAUUCUGAUGAGUCUGAGAGUUUCAGUGAAGAGGAAGCUGAGAAAGGACUUGAGGAGCAAGAUGCUGAAGUUACCCAAAAGAAGAAAGACUCCAGAGGAAAAGCAGCAGCUUGCAAAGAGCUCUCAGACAUGGACUACCUGAAGUCUAAAGUGGUGAAGGAUGAACACACUGUGCCGUCAUCUGAAGGGGAGAGUGAAGCUGAGGAUACAGAUAGCGAGGAGUCUGGAGGGGGAAGGGAGGAGGAGGAGGAGGAGGAGGAGAAGCUUAGUCACAAGACAGCUGCUGAUUGUAAUCUUGCCACAAAGGGUGUCCUGGAUGAAAAAGUCAAGGGCCAGGAAGUAGAGAAGAAGAAAGUAAAAGCCACAUCCCAGGUCAAAACCCCGGUCAGUGCAAAUGAGCCUACCACACCAUACACAGUGAAGCUGCGUGGUGCCCCAUUCAACGUCACCGAGCAAAACGUGAGGGAGUUUCUCUUGCCUCUUCGGCCGGUAGCAAUCAGGAUUGCAAGAAAUGCCCACGGGAACAAGACAGGUUAUGUCUUUGUUGACUUCAGUAGUGAUGAAGAAGUACAGAAAGCCCUGAAGCGAAAUCAUGAAUACAUGGGUGGACGGUACAUUGAGGUGUUUCCUGAACAGAAUGUUACAAAGAUGAAAGUCUCCUCAAAGGGCCAGGCCCAAGUUUGGCAAAGGACUAAGAAGGACGAUGAGGAAGAGGAAGAUCUGACUGAAUCAGGAAGGCUGUUUGUAAGGAACCUUCCCUACACUAGCACCGAGGAAGACUUGGAAGGAAUAUUUUCCAAAUAUGGGCCUCUUUCUGAAACCCACUUCCCCAUUGAUAGUCUGACCAAGAAGCCGAAGGGAUUUGCCUUUGUUACCUACAUGUUUCCUGAGCAUGCUGUGAAGGCCUUUGCAGAAGUGGAUGGACAGGUUUUCCAGGGCCGAAUGUUGCAUGUCUUGCCCUCCACUAUUAAGAAGAAUGAAGGCGAAAGUUCUGAUGCUGUAGGAUCCUCUUCCUACAGGAAGCAGAAGGAGUCAAAGGACAAAGCCAACAGUUCCAGUUCUCACAAUUGGAACACACUGUUCAUGGGGACGAACGCUGUGGCGGAUGCUGUUGCACAAAAAUACAACUCCACCAAGAGCCAAGUCUUGGAUCACGAGGGCAAGGGCAGCGUGGCAGUGAGGGUGGCUCUAGGAGAAACGGAACUCGUCCAGAAUGUCCGUCGGUUCCUGAUAGAAAAUGGAGUCAGUCUGGAUUCUUUCAGUCAGGCUGCUGGUGAACGCAGUAAAACAGUAAUUCUGGUGAAAAACCUGCCUGCUGGAACCAAGGAGGCAGAAUUAGAGGAGUCCUUUGGGGCAUAUGGGAGCCUCGGACGGGUGCUGCUCCCUGAAGGAGGGGUGACUGCUAUAGUGGAAUUCCUGGAGCCCACUGAAGCCAAGCAGGCGUUCACAAAACUGGCCUAUUCAAAGUUCCAGAAUAUUCCCCUCUACCUGGAAUGGGCGCCAAUGGGAGUCUUUUCUGCUCCAGGAAAGAAAGAAACUGAGUCUUCAGGAGGCAAGAAGGAAGAUGGAACACCACUGGGAACAGGCAGCUGUGAAAAUGAAGAAGGUAAAACAAAGCCAGAGGAAACCAGAAUGGAAGACGAAGAUGAGGAGGAGGAGGAGGAUGAAGGAGAAAGCAUUCCAGGCUGUACUCUUUUCAUAAAGAAUCUGAACUUCAGCACCACAGAAGAAACCCUAAAGGAGGUUUUUUCUAAAGCUGGAGCUGUGAAGAGCUGCACUAUUUCAAAGAAGAAAGAUAAAGCAGGCACACUACUUUCCAUGGGGUUUGGAUUUGUGGAAUAUAAGAAACCGGAAUAUGCUCAGAAGGCUCUUAAGCAAUUACAGGGUUGCUCUGUGGAUGACCAUAAUCUGGAAGUAAAGAUCUCUGAAAGGGCCAUCAAGUCUGCUGUGAUUCCAGCCCGCAAGAAGCAAACCAGCAAGAAGCAAAAGAGCUCCAAGAUCUUAGUGCGCAAUAUUCCCUUCCAGGCAACAGUGAGAGAGAUUCGAGAGCUUUUCAGCACCUUUGGAGAGCUGAAAACUGUUCGCUUACCAAAGAAAAUGGUUGGGACAGGAAGUCAUCGUGGCUUUGGGUUUGUGGACUUCCUCACAAAGCAGGAUGCUAAGAGAGCUUUCAAUGCCCUAUGCCACAGUACCCAUUUGUACGGCAGGAGGCUGGUUUUGGAAUGGGCUGACACAGAGGAGACAGUGGAGGCCCUAAGACGGAAGACUGCUGAGCGUUUUCAAGAUUCCCCAGCAAAGAAGAAAAAGAAGCGGUCAGCCGUUCUAGAAGAAAUCUUGGAGAAGCUAGAAGAAGAAGGGGACGAUGAGGGAGGCAGCUAAGAUCAUUGUCACUUCCCCGCCAAGUACACACAAAUUCUAAAGCUGAGAACAGAUUCAGAGUCAAGAGGAUGGUUGGGGUCCAUCUUCCAGCCUAAGUGGAUCCUUACCUUGGAUCUUCCAAAGAUCACUGUGUUGAAAGAAGCUACACUCAUCAUUUUAUGUCUUGGGAUAUUCCUUUCUCCCGGGUAGAAUCCGAGAUGGCUUGAGGAGGAACCAAUGCCAUCUUUUGCCUGACACCUGUCCACCCGGAAAACUGCUGCAUUGGCUGUUUUACACCAGCUGAUGAAAUUAUUCUCGCCGGGAGGCAUCUGUUUAACUUCGUUCUUUGUACAGUUUUGAAAAACAGUGUAUAUUACUUAUUAUUUUUAAUUAGAAAAUUACUGAGGAGCACA